GCUACAAUUUACAUUUGUUUUUAUUUAUACCUUUGUAUAAGCUUAUUUUUUUAUACAUGGUUUAUUCCUGUUGGACCAUUAUUUGAUCUAACACGUCUUACUUCAUGUUUAAUUGGACCUAUUUCCGCGACAAACGUUGACAGGCAGUGCUCAGGUCUAUCCUAAACAUGGCCACCAUGAUGGAGUAAAGCGUCAACUUUAAAUUUCACAUUUUUAGAAGAAAACUUAUACAUUUUCUGUAUUUUGACAGGAAUGUUUCAACGGAAAAAAUUAUAUCAAUCAUCUUAUCCAUAUGAAAUCCUUGGAUAAAGUUUCUUGUUGGAUUUAAUACUGGUUUAAGUUGUCUGGAAGCUGGAAAGGAAAAAGAGAAUUGCAUCAAUUCCGUAAGCGUUUUCUUUUCUCUCGAUAGUUUUAAAGCUUUUACAAACCUUUUGUGGGAUUUUUCAAGUUGUGGAUCUAUUUUAAUUGGAAUCAUUUUGCUGCGAAUAAUUGAAGAAACGAAUGAGAUGUAUUUUAUCAUUUUUAUGCGUUUUCCAGUGGAAAGUGAAUCUUGGUGGUCGAAGGGAGAGUAGUAAUGUUCACUGGUUGACGUACUUUUUAAGAAGCCAAGAAACUGAAGAAUACAUAAAGGGAUAUAACAGUUUUAUGUAUGGUUUUGAGGCGCCGAAAGUGCACCGGUCAUUUCCCCCAUAUUUUUGAAUUGGUGGAUGAACGAGUUAGCUAUACCCCCAACCCCACUUAUACUAAACGAAAGUAUUACAUUUCUCAUAUGGCUUUAAAGGUCAUGAAGGAAAUACAUCUAAACUUCUAGUUUAUAAAAGAAUGUCAUCAGAGGACAAGAGUCUGGAUCCAUCUGACUACGGACCGUCUACUCCCCUGAGUAGCACCCCCUCAGACAGCCCCUCCCCUGCCCCCACAGACAAGCGCCCCCGCGGCCGGCCUCGUAAGGAUGCAGGAUCCGGCAUACCCACACCCAAAAAGAAGGGCCGUAGCAGAGGCCGAGCCCAGGCUGAGGAUGAAGACAGCAUGGACGGGACGGAGACUGCCGAAGCCGAGAACACGCAGGAUAUGGAAGUUAAGGAGCUGGUCCUGGAUGUCGAGGAGAUCAUGGUGCCCAGCCCCGUGCCCAGCCCCAUUGACGACAGACCACUCUUCCAGCGCUCCGUGUCGGAGGACUCUGCAGGAUCCUCCGCCUCGACCCUGGUGCACGCCAAAGUCCGUGAAAAGCUGUGUGCCUUCUGCUACUGUGGCGAGAGGAGUUUCCUGGGCCAGGGUGACCUGAUGGUGUUCGGCCCCACGCCGGGUUACGUGCCACUGCACAUCCGCAACCGCCGAGGCAGCUCGGAGAAGGACGAUGACUACCACGAAGAGGACUUCCAAGACGACGACCACGACACCAAGAGCCCAGGGCUGCGCGACGGCGGGAGGGGCCUUAAAAAGGUCAGCUCUCCAGACAGUGGUCUUCACUCCUCCUCGGCACCCGGCAGCACGGAUCCCUUCGGCGAGGAGCCAGCCCCUAAGUUCUGGGACAAGCUGGGUCAGAUCGGCCUCCCCGACGAGAUCAACGUCCAGUCCCUGUUUGACCCCACAGGCCAGUGCUGUGCCCACCUGCACUGUGCCGCCUGGUCCGAGGGGGUGUGUCGCGGCGAGGCCCAGGACUCACUGCUUUACGUGGACAAAGCCAUAGACUCAGGGAGCACAGAGUGCUGUGCAUACUGUAAGCGCCUUGGAGCAUCCAUCAAGUGCUGUGAGGAGGGCUGCUGCCGCUCCUACCAUUUCCCCUGCGCCGCCGCUGCUGGAACGUUCCAGGACCUGCGCCGACACACCCUCCUCUGCCCUGAUCACCUCCAGCUAGCCUCACAAAGAUCUAAAGAGGAGGUGAAGUGCUUGUUGUGUGACAGUGCUGGAGACCUGCAGGACCAACUCUUCUGCACCUCGUGUGGGCAGCACUACCACGGGGCGUGUCUGGACGUGAGUGUCACCCCCCUGAAGAGGGCCGGCUGGCAGUGCCCCGAGUGCAAAGUCUGUCUGACCUGCAGGAACCCGGGGGAGGACAGCAAGAUGCUGGUCUGUGACACGUGCGAUAAAGGCUAUCACACCUUCUGUCUCCAGCCUACCAUGAAAUCCAUCCCCACCAACGGUUGGCGGUGCAAGAACUGUCGGGUGUGUUCUUUGUGUGGGGUCAGGCUGGCGGGCCAGUGGGCCCACAACAUCACACUGUGCGAGGGUUGCCAUGGGCAACCGGAGGAGCCCGCCCCCACCCUGCAGUGCUCACUGUGUGUGAGGGGCCAAGGCCCCGGUGACGCUCCUGGAGACGCCCCUAAAGACGACCACCUCACCUGCCGCACCUGCAAGAGGUGGCUUCAUGGGGAGUGUGAGAAGCAGGCAGGGGGUGACCCAGACCUCCACCCACAGGCCGACUACGUCUGCACCGUCUGUAAGCAGGUGGAGAGCGACAUGGUGGAAACCCCGGCCAGCCCCAUCCAGGAAUCCACAGAACCAGAACCAGAACCCACUAUGGAUGUCUUUAUGGCUGUGGUGGAGGAGGAGGUGUCGCUGGAGGAUGAGGUGUGUCCAAGCCCUCAGCUGGAGGAUGAGGCGUGUCUUAGUGGUCAGCUGGUACAAGAGGCCUGUCCGAACUAUCAGCUGGAAGAAGAGGCGCGUCGUAGCGCUCAGAAGGAGGAGGAGGAGGCGCAUCGUAGCGCUCGACUGGAGGAGGAGGAGCGUCCCGGCCCUCGGCUGGAGGAGGAGGGGCGUCCCGGCCCUCGGCUGGAGGAGGAGGGGCGUCCCGGCUCUCGGCUGGAGGAGGAGGGGCGUCCCGGCCCUCGGCUGGAGGAGGAGGGGCGUCUGGGCCCUCGGCUGGAGGAGGGGCGUCCGGUCCCUCGGCUGGAGGAGGAGGGGCGUCCGGUCCUCGGCUGGAGGAGGAGGGGCGUCCGGGCCCUCGGCUGGAGGAGGAGGGGCGUCCGGGCCCUCGGCUGGAGGAGGAGGGGGCGUCCGGGCCCUCGGCUGGAGGAGGAGGGGCGUCCGGGCCCUCGGCUGGAGGAGGAGGGGCGUCCGGGCCCUCGGCUGGAGGAGGGGGCGCGUCCCGGCCCUCGGCUGGAGGAGGGGGCGCGUCCGGGCCCUCGACUGGAGGAGGGGGCGCGUCCGGGCCCUCGACUGGAGGAGGAGGGGCGUCCGGGCCCUCGACUGGAGGAGGAGGGGCGUCCGGGCCCUCGGCUGGAAGAGGGGGCGCGUCCGGGCCCUCGGCUGGAGGAGGAGGGGCGUCCCGGCCCUCGGCUGGAGGAGGGGGCGCGUCCGGGCCCUCGGCUGGAGGAGGAGGGGCGUCCGGGCCCUCGGCUGGAGGAGGGGGCGCGUCCGGGCCCUCGCCUGGAGGAGGAGGCGCGUCCGGGCCCUCUAAAGGAGCCCAAAGAGGCUCCAUCAGGUGCUGAACUGGCGCAGGAGAUUCAGGUGACAGUUACCCUGACGGAGGGCCGGGAGUCUCCCCAGAGGUCUGGAACUCUAGCGGACGUGUCACCAUUCGCCUCCCAGAUUCCCGCCUCACCCGUGGACGAUUUCCAACAGGAACUGGAAAUAUCAGACUCUUUACAAACGGGAAAAGGUGCAGCGCCCGAGGAGGCAUUACCCUGUGAUGUAGAGGGGGAGGAGACCAAAUCGGAGGACUCAAAAACCACUUUAGUCACGCCCACCAAAGAAAUAUCCCAUGAGCCUUUGGAGGAGACUACCGAGGAGGCUCCUGUAGAGGAGGAGGAGCCUAUGGAAGUAGCACCUGUAGAAAUGGAGCCUUUGGAAUUGGCUGCAAUGGAGACUACUGUUGAGGAGAAUGUUCUGGAACCCAUGCAGGAGGUGCAGGAUGCAGUUGCAGAAAAAGCGGUUGAGGAGAAGUUGCAGGAGUUAGAGAACGAGGAGUUGCCUCAAAGUAUUUUGGACGAGGGGGAGGUGUUGCUUCCAAAUAUAUUGCCUGUUGUAGAGGAUACAAUCAGAGAAAAGGAGCUUAGUCCCAUGGCUGAACUGCCUGAACUGGAGAGCACCGUAGACAUGGAUACUACGGUAGAAAUGGAUAUCAUUCCCGCCAGCGACCGCAGCUUCUCGGAAUUCAGCUCGCCGAGGGGAGAGGAUAAAGCCCCCAAGGCCUCCCAUAGAAUGUCUCCCGAGCUCUCGCUCAUGCUGAUCCAGUCCCCCUUCCCUACAGAGUCCUUCCCCAAGGAGGCCAGCCCUCCUUGUGUUCAGGUCCAAAUCCAGGCCCAGGCUCCGCCACAGGCCCAGCCUCAUUCUGGAUACAGUGCUAGUGUGCCUCCCACCACCACAACCUUUUUUCCCUUAACUCCCAAGAUUGGCAUGGGGAAGCCUGCCAUCUCCAAGAGGAAGUUCUCCCCUGGGAGGCCAAGGGUGAAGCAGGGUGCAUGGAGUAACCGUAGGGCAGUGAGCCCUCCCUCUUGGUCCCAGCAGGACCCCUCAGAGGGGGGGUGGGACGGCCCAAAAAACAGGCAGCUGCAGGAGGCGCCCGUCUGGAGCAUGAGAGUGGGUCGUGGUUCUGGCUUCCCUGGAAGGCGGAGGCCCCGCGGGGCCAGCCUGUCUGGGCGCGGGGGCCGCGGACGCUCCCGAGGACUCAAAGUCGACACCAUCCCCGCCGUGACCCCUGUGGCCAGCUUUGUGGAGCAGCUGUACGCGAUGAAAGAGGAGGAGGAGAACGCCAUGCACAACACUGUGGUCAUGUUCUCAACCUCAGACCACUUCACUCUCAGACAGGACAUGUGUGUGGUGUGUGGUAGUUUUGGCCAGGGGGCAGAGGGCAGGUUGCUGGCCUGCUCCCAGUGUGGCCAGUGUUACCACCCCUUCUGUGUCAAUGUCAAGAUCACCCGGGUGGUGCUGAGUAAAGGCUGGCGCUGUCUGGAGUGCACGGUGUGCGAGGCGUGCGGCCAGGCCAGCGACCCGGGCCGCCUGCUGCUGUGUGACGACUGUGACAUCAGCUACCACACCUACUGCCUGGACCCACCCCUGCAGACGGUGCCCAAGGGCAGCUGGAAGUGCAAGUGGUGUGUCUCCUGUACCCAGUGCGGUGCCACAUCCCCCGGCCUGAGGUGUGAUUGGCAGAACAACUACACCCAGUGCAGCCCCUGUGCCAGCAUGGCAUCGUGCCCGAUGUGCACGCGCAGCUACCGUGAGGACGAGCUCAUCGUGCAAUGCCGCCAUUGUGACAGGUGGAUCCACGCCUGCUGCCAGGGCCUGAACACAGAUAAGGAUGUAGAGAAUGCAGCAGAUGAUGGCUUUGACUGCACCAUGUGUCGAAUGCACGCUCUGCCUUCACAGGGCAAAGUGGAGGCCCUCCUAUCUGACGGCUGCGAGGCCCCGAUGGUGGCCCAGAUUGUGACUAAAACGAGAGAAGCAGACAUCCAGAAGACAUACACCCAGGACGGGGUGUGUCUGACCGAGUCUGGCCUGUGCCAGCUGCAGAGCCUGGUGGUGCCCUCUUCCUCGACCCGCCGAGGGCAGAACAGGCGGCCCAAACCCAAGCUCAAGCUGAAGAUCAUCAACCAGAACAGCGUGGCUGUGCUCCAGACCCCACCAUACCCCCACUACUCAGAGCUGUCCCGGGAUGGGGAUGGGUACAUGGACGACAGCCGAGAAGGGGACCUCCUGAUGGACUAUGACAUCAAGUCGGACUCCAGUCUGGAACGGGAGCCUGUCGAUGACGACGCCAAGGGGGCCAAGGGCGCCGACGGCAACAAGAAAAGGAAGAGGAAACCUUACCGGCCCGGUAUUGGAGGGUUUAUGGUCCGCCAGAGAAGCAGGAUGGGACAAGGUAAAUCCAAACGAUCCCUAUCCAGGAAAUACUCAACAGGGUCAUUACCUGAGAAUCCAAUGUGCAAAGAGGAAGCGUGGAACAAGACGGAGAGUACUCCAGUGGAGGAGACCCCACUGGUGCCUGAAUGUCUGGAGAAGGUCAGGAAAAGAUACCGCAAAAAGAGAACCAAACUGGAAGAGGAGUUCCCUUCGUACCUGCAGGAGGCCUUCUUUGGGAAGGAGCUGCUGGACAAGAGCAAGCAGAGCAAGCAGAGCAGGCAGGCGAGCCUGGUGACCACAGGGUUCUGUGAGGAGAACUCAGGGGCCCAUGCAGGGAGCAAACCCCCCAACGCCAGCUUCCUGGACCCCUCCUCAGGGGCCCAUGCAGGGAGCAAACCCCCCAACGCCAGCUUCCUGGACCCCUCCUCAGACCCGCUGCUCAGCGCUACCUCGACCACCACACCCAUCAGCAAAGCAGGAGGACUACGGGACCUUUCGGAAGCCCUGAGCACGGAUGCAGAUCUCCUGGGAAUGCUGUCGGGUGAUCUGGUGAAGACGGGGCAUGACUCAGGUCUUGAUUUAUGCCCUUUCCAGGUCGACAGCCCUCCCUCUCCGUUUGCUGGUCUGGACAUGGCCCCCAUCCCUGAUGAUCCCAUUGGGCCCUGUCAGGGCUCUACAGGCCGGGGGCCCAGUGCUCUACAGGAGGAGCCUCUGGAUGUCAUCCUGAGCCCAGAACUGGACAAGAUGGUCGCAGAUGGUGCAAUUCUCAGUAAACUCUACAAAAUCCCAGAGCUGGAGGGGAAGGAUGUGGAGGACCUCUUCACAGCGGUCCUGAGUCCCAGCACCAGCCAGCCUCCACAGCUGCCUCACCCCCAACUGGGCCACCCUGGGCCCAAUGGACCUGGAGCCAUGGCUCUUCCAAACACAGGUGACGGUGGGAUGUUCCCCCGCAUGCCAAUUAUAAACGGCAUGAUGGGGCCCAACCCCCAUUUUCCUCCAACUCCCAUGAUGCCCGGCGGCACAAGCCCCUGUGGCCCGGGCAACUUCUCACCCAUCCACAGAAUGCCUUUCCCAGAGAAUAUGAGGGACAAGAAGUUUAGCCAGAUGGGGGGUGACAUAGUGGUUCCAUGGAGCACCCCUGGCCCCGUCCCCCCUCCGGAGGGAGAGACAGACACUAUGUCCAACGCACAGAGGAGCACGCUGAAGUGGGAGAAGGAGGAGACUCUGGGCGAGAUGGCCACUGUGGCCCCAGUCCUUUACACCAACGUCAACUUCCCCAACCUCCUAGAGGAGUUCCCAGACUGGGCUAUGAGAGUGAAACAGAUCGCAAAAUUAUGGAGGAAAGCCAGUUCCCAGGACAGGGCCCCAUAUGUGCAAAAGGCACGCGAUAACCGGGCAGCGCUGCGCAUUAACAAAGUUCAGAUGUCCAACGAUACGCUGAAGAGACACCAGAAUCCUCACCAGCAGCAGCAGCCGUUGACUGAUCCCUUUGACCCCAAUAGUGUCCCCAUGGACGCUGAGAUGCUCUUCAAAGAUGCACUCAAGCCCAAGGAGUCUGAGCACGAGCAGGAGUGGAAGUUCAGACAGCAAAUGAGACAAAAGAGCAAGCAGCAGGCGAAGAUCGAAGCCACUCAAAAGCUGGAGCAGGUGAAAAAUGAGCAGCAACAACUGCAGCAGCAGCAGCAACAGCUGUUUAGCAGUCAGUCAUGUGGAGAUACAACACCUAAUAGUGGCAACCAGAGCCCCAUGACGCCUCAGCCCAGCAAUGGUGGUAAGUCUGGAAACUCAUCCCCUCUGCAGCCAAUAGCGUCUAAGGAUGGCUUCGCUAGACCCCAACUCCCAGUCACGCCCACCUCCGAGUCACAGGAUGACGUGUUCCUCAGACCACAGCUCCCACCUCCGUCCUCGAGGACGCCCACCCAGGAGAACUCGUACCCCCAGCAGGGACCAUCCUCCCAGCCCCAGUCACCACAGAUGUUCUCCCCAAGUUCCUCCUCAGGCUCCCGGCCAUCCUCGCCUUGGGACCCCUACGCCAAAAUGGUGGGCACCCCGAGACCACCCCCUGGGGGUGGCGGAUCCACCACGCCCCAGCGGAACUCUUUGUCAAAGAUGCAGGAAAGGGGAGGGAGGCCUUCCCCGGCACACGAGUCCUUUGGCUCGCCCACGUCUGGUAAUGCUGACCCCUAUGCUAAGAUGCCAGACACCCCCAGGCCACCUGACCCGUUUGUUAAACCCAUGGGACCCGCCAGGGUGGGCCCUUCAGGACUCGUUGAGCAGCAGCAAAAGCAGCAGGUCAGGCACAUAAUGAGCCCUCCCUCUGGAGGAGAAUCAUUUUCCAGGAUAGGGGGCCACCGAGCUGAGGUCUACCAGCGCAUAUCUCACAACCGCAUGAUCCUCUCAGACCCCUACUCCAGGCCUUUGCUCACUCCCAUCCCCGGCAGCAACGAGUCGGGCUCCGUGCCGGUGUUCAAAGCCCCCAUGCCUCCCCAGCAGUCCCAGCAAGAGCCCUAUGGUGGCCCUAUGCCUGGGGGACUUAGACGAGGGCCAUCUGAUGGCUUUCCCCAAGGACCACAGGCCGACCCCUAUGCCCAGCAGCCUCUCACCCCCCGUCCGCCCAUGGGGGAAGGGUUCCCCAACGAGCUCAGGAUGAUGCGCCAACCCCAGGAGGGCCAUUUCUCUCAACCCAUGCCAAUGAUGAGACACCCUCACAGAAACUCAUACGCCCAAGCACCAUCUGCCCCGAGGCCAGAUAAUUCCCAGCAGAUGCCUGACCCUUACGCCCAACCGAUAGGCACCCCCAGACCUCCCUCUGAUGGCUAUGCCCAACCUCCCGGCACCCCAAGGCCACACUCAGAUCCUUCAUACCUGCAGACGCCACCUAGCCUUCAUCUAGACCAGUUUCCCCAGCAGCACCCAGCCAAUCGCAGACAGUCUCCAUCUCACUCCAUGGAUCCUUAUGCCUCCAUGCCAGGUACCCCCAGACCAGCCCCAGGGGAUAGAUUUCCCAAAUCCCCCGCUAAUCAAAGGAACAUGGACCCUUAUGCCCAACAACCCGGUACCCCUCGGUCCUCCAAUGCCAUUCUAUACGCACAGCCCCCUGGAACCCCAAGACCGCUCCUCACCGACCCUUAUGCCCAAGUUCCAGGGACGCCCCGGCCAGGAGCUGGUCCUGACGCCUUCAAUCGACUAGGCUCCAGACCGACACCCAUGUCCCAGCUCCCAGCUGACCCCUUCUCCCACCAGUCUCCAGGCAGGAUGCAGGACACGUUUUCCCGUCCAAGUGCCCCAGGCUCUCAGACAUCUAAGCACCCGGAAAUGUCGGACGAAAGUUUCUCUCUGCCGCAGUCGAAUCAUCACGGUGGUCAAACGCCGAUUCACAACCACUUUGAACAGGGUCCAAUGACACCUUGUGCUCAAGCUUCAGAAAGGCCAGCCCAUGAUAUUACCCAGUUGAGCAGCAACACUGUUGAUGCUCAGAACAGCAUGCAGCCACACCUGGGAGACACUGAGGAGAAGCUCAGACAGCGCCAGAGACUGCGCCAGCUGAUCCUGAGGCAGCAGCAACAGAAGUCUGCCAUCCUGCAAGAGAAAGGACUACGACAGGAAGCUGGUGGUGCCCCCGAUGCGGCGACACCCCGUCGCUGGUCACAAGAAGAUCCCACCCCACAGAGCGACAUGUUUGGCAGACCACCACCCCCUUACCCAGGACCCAUCAGGGGCGGUCUCCAAGUUCCUGGGGGUCAAAGGUUCCCUGGUACCUUCCUAGGGGACCAGCGAGGACCCUUCCCCAACGAGGGCCAGUUUGCGAUACCCCACUUCCCCAGGGACAUGGGCAACAUGGGCUUGAGGCCCCAAGGAAUGAGGUUUGGAUUUCCCCCCGGCCAUGAGCAACAUUUCCUCAGGCCCCCUCAUCAGAUGCCCGGCGGGCCCAUGGUCAAUAACAUUCCAACCCAGAUGCGACGGUCCCUCUCUGUGGACUUUUCCGGGGGGGGCAUGGAGGGCAUGGGGGGCAACCCCCAGAUGGGGCUCCCCCAGCACUUCCCCCCGCGGGGCCUUACCGUCCAGCAGCACAAUAUCAUGGGUCAGCCGUUCAUUGAGCUCCGCCACAGGGCCCCUGAGAACAGGAUGAUGAUGCCCUUUGGGCAUGGACCUCCCAACGUCAUGGACCCCUCCAACCAACUCCAGAGACCACCCCAGUGCUUCAUGGUUGGCCAGGAGAUGGGCUUCGCCGGGAACCAGGGACCAAGAAUGAUGGAUCCCAUGAUGGGCAGACCUUCCCAGGGAUCGGUCGGCCACAUGCAGAUCUUGGCUAGUAUGGAGAACCUGCACCAGCAGCAGACUGAAGUGCAAGUGACCACUGGGCAGCAACAGCAUCCUCCACUGAAUAGGUCACUCAGCCACCCUGUCACUAGUGAGUCACUCAAUGCAGAGCCAUCUGGUAUGCUCUUGCCUGGGUCUAGCACCAGUCAAGCGGAGGAGACUCAGAUACCCAGUGGAGACGGAAUCGACGAAAACUUGGACGCUGACGACUCUGCAGUGAAGGACCUCGAAGACGUGGAGGUCAAAGACCUGGUCGACCUGAACCUGAACCUCGACCCGGAUGAUGGUAAAGACCUGGACCUGGGACCCAACGACCUGCACCUCGACGACUUCCUCAUGUCGGGGAAGUUUGACCUCAUCGCCUACACGGACCCCGAGUUCAACCUGGAGGACAAGAAAGACAUGUUCAGUGAAGAAGAUCUGGACCUGGGUGACCCCAUGGAGGACCACCAACAGGGAGAGACCUCGGACCUCCAGAAAGCCCUGUCGCAGAAGAGGAACACCAGCGGAGACUGCACAGCCACCUCGUCCCAAUCCGUAGGGAAAUCCGACAAUGUUCAAGCGCACGGCCAAAUCAGACGGGAGGCCAACAAAUCGAAAGAGACCUUGGACAUAGUCAAAACAGAAGAGCCGAUCAAAACGGAGGUCAAAGAUGGACACAUGCAAAACCAGGAUCAGCCACCCUGCAGUGGCCAGAUUAAUUACAACAGAACCAUGACUAACCAAGAGGGCACAGGGCUGUAUGAGCAACCUGGACAGACUGGCUCGGCUCCGGUCCUCUCCAGCCUUCUGGUCAAAGAGAAACUGGAAGACACUGGGUUAGGCCCAAACGGCUCUCCUCAUCAAGGGAACAUAGCUGCCCAGCCGAACCAGGCCACUGGGCUACACCCAAACACAGGCAUGCUGAUGCUAUCUAAGCAACAUGCCCAAGACAACAACAGGCUCAAUCCCAGUGUGGCUAUGGGACAUCGGGUGAACCCUGCGUUGGUUCAGAGUAGGCUUUCAAUGGGAAACCCAAACCACAUCCUAGUGGGAAACCACAGCUUCGGGGCGUCAGCCAACCAGCAGGUGGAGCUAAACCUAGCCAUGGUGGGAGCCGGUCAGCAGCCCAUUGCCCAUGGCCUGAACCCCCAGGGCCAGCAGGGCAUGGUCCCCCAACAGCAGGGCUCCUCGCUAGAGCAGGCCGGCCCACAGAACAGGCCUCUGCUGCUGGAUGAGCAGCCCCUCCUACUGCAGGACCUGCUGGACCAGGAGAGGCAGGAGCAGCAGCAGCAGAGGCAGAUGCAGGCCAUGAUCCGACAGCACUCCAGUGACUCCUUCCCCAACAUAAACUUUGAUGCCAUCACAGACCCGAUCAUGAAGGCUAAGAUGGUGGCCCUGAAGGGAAUUAAUAAAGUAAUGGCUCAGAACAGCAUGGGAAUGCCCUCAAUAGUCAUGAACAGAGUUCAGCAGACGCCAGGAGCCCAUGGACCAGAUACUGCUGCCACUCUGCCUCAACAUGUGCUUGGACAGGACGGGAAGUUGGCUCCACAGAUGGCGAGACCGAACCCCCCAAAUUUUGGACCUGGAUUUGUCAACGACCGCAAGAGGAAGCAGUACGAGGAGUGGCUCCAGGAGACCCAACAGCUCCUGCAGAUGCAGCAGAAGUUUCUGGAAGACCAGAUUGGGGCCCACAGGAAAUCCAAGAAGGCCCUGUCAGCCAAACAGAGGACGGCCAAGAAGGCUGGCCGUGAGUUCCCUAAGGAGGACGUCGAGCAGCUGAAGCAUGUGACAGAGCAGCAGAGUGUGGUGCAGAAACAGUUGGAGCAGAUUCGGAAACAGCAGAAAGACCAUGCAGAGCUGAUAGAGGAGUACCGUGUCAAGCAGCAGCAGCAACAACAACAGCCAAGUCUCCAGGCUCCUAUGAUGCCAGGGAUGCCACCCAUGACAGGGAUGCUAGCUCAAGCAGCCCCUAUGAUGCUCAGGGGGCCCCCUUUGGGCCAGCCCAUGAUGGGGCCCAUGAUGACAAUGCAGACCCACCCCGGCCAGCCUAACCUUGCCUGCAUGCCCAACAUGCCGGGCUGGCACCCCGGGGGAGCCCCAGGACCGAUGGGAGACCCGGGUCCAAAAAUUCCAGCUCAGAUGCCCCCUGCCAGCCCUGCCCAGCUGCCCCAGCCCCAGUUACCACCCCAGGUCCAACUACCACCCCAGCCUCAGCCACCACCCUCAAUGGUGCCUGGAGUAAAAGCCACACCUGCAGGCAAAGGAGCAGGAGCCCAGGGAGCCAGCGGAGGUAACGGUGGUGGUGGCGGCAAUAGCCUCGCUGUGAAAUUUGAUGACAACAACCCAUUCAGCGAGGGCUUCCAGGAGCGCGAAAGGCGGGACCGCCUAAGGGAGCAGCAGGAGAGACAGCGGGUUCAGCUGAUGCAGGAGGUGGACAGGCACCGGGCCAUGCAGCAGCGGCUGGAGAUGGAGCAGCAAGGCCUGGGUCUGGGUCCCGCUGGGCUCCCACUCGGCUCCGGAGCUACUAACCCCGGUGGGGAUAGCCUGGCCCACAUGCCAUUCUACAAUACUGAUCUGCCCCAAGACUUCAUGCAGCCCUCUAGGCCUCAACAACAACAAGCACCACUACAUCAGGGGCAGCUAGGUCACAUGUACCCCCAACAGGGCAACGGGGCCUUCAUGCCAGGGGGCGAGCGCAGGCCUAUGCCCGGGACUGGGGCUUUUGGUGGUCCCGAGAUGGGUCCCAAUUUCCGUCCCAAAAACCCCAUGCUGCAGGGGCUCAACUUCCCCUCGGGACAGCCCCGUCCCGCCGGAUUCGGAGGCCUUGGGAUGAAGCCCCAGGGUGGGGGCGGAGGCGAGGGACAGGGACCACUGUUCGGAAUGAACUCAUCCACCCCCCUGCCUCCCAACUACCCCGGCUCAGGCCAAUCCUUGAUCCAGCUCUACUCCAACAUCAUCCCAGAGGAGAAGGUGAAGAAGAAGAGGAACAGGAAGAAGAAGAGAGACUCUGUCGACGACGCAGACUCGGUCAAGACACCAUCCACUCCCCACUCGGACCUCUGCUCCCCGCUGACGCCCUCCCGCGUGUCUGACACCUCAUCCACCCGGAGCCUCAGCAUUCCCGGAGAGCAGGAUCUGUCCGAUCUUUUCCUCCCAGUGGGGUCCUCGGGUUUGGCCCCUUCUUCGGAACUGGAGAGGCAGCUCUCAGGCAGCAGCUUAGCCCAGGGUGGCUGCUCCAGCAUGGGCUCAGAGAAUGACCGGGCCUCCCUGUUUGACGAAACCCUCCAAAUCAAGCUGGAGAGGAUAGAGACUGAGUGCAGAGGGGCCGCGGUGGCCAACGAGGGGUCUGGCUUGGGGCACGUUCCCCGAGCCGUCGGGACAGUAAAGGUGGAGGAGGGAAGCGAGGGGGGGCUCUCUUCGCCCCUCCACGGCGCAAAAGGUGGCGACACAGGGAACAAGCUGCUUAUGCACCUGUUGAAGAACAAGAGCACGCCCAAUGCCAACCAGACCCCUCCCACACAGCAGAUGUCCUGUGACAAACUGCGCUCAGAGCAGGAGGCAUCAUCAGACCGCAAAGCCACCGCCAGGCCGGCAUCCACCGCCAACAACAUGACUCCCCGACGCAGUCUGCUGACAGGAAGCAUAGAGCUAGAACCCUCGGUGCUGGAGCAGGGCAAGAGGAAGCAGCAACGCAACAAACGGACGCCCAAAAACGGGGCGGAGAAACCACCAUCAUGCUACAAGAGGAGGAAGAAGGAGGAAGAGGAGAGGCAGAUUGGUUAUUCCAGUACUGACGCUCUGAUGACCCAGCUCAAACAGCAGCUUUCCCUGUUGCCCCUGGUAGAGCCCCUGAUGGGGGUCAACUUUGCUCACUUCCCCCCCUUCGGCAGCGGGCAGCUGAACGGGGAGAACAGGCUGUCAGGCUCCUUUGGCAGCGCUUCGCUGGGUGGCGUGUCAGACUACUACUCCCAGCUCAUCUACAAGCAGAACAACUUGAGCAACCCACCCACCCCUCCAGCAUCACUCCCUCCCACGCCGCCCCCCAUAGCGAGGCAGAAGAUGGUCAACGGGUUCGCAACGGCCGAGGAGCUCACCAGGAAAGCUGCAGUCUCAGGUGGCCAUGAUGUGAUCAAAGGUCUGGAAGCCAAGCAGCUGCCUACAGCAUUCCGGACAGAGGAAGACCUGCUGGCCCAUGUCAUCACCCAGGGGCCCAAGACAGUGGAUGUACCCGCCUCGCUCCCCACACCACCCCAUAACAACCAGGAGGAACUCAGGAACCAGGACCAUUUUGUGGACAGGGACACCCCUGAUAGCUUCGUCCCCUCCUCGUCCCCCGAGAGUGUGGUCAGCAUGGAGAUCAGCCGCUACCCCGACUUGUCAAAUGUCAAGGAGGAGCCCCCCUCUCCUUGCUCCUCCCCUGUCAUACCCAUGCUGCCUAGCUCCAGCGGGAAAGGGACUGAGAUUAACCAAGAGGUCAAGACUGAACCCUCAAGCUCCUUCUUUGGGUUCGGACAGGCUCCCUCCUGCUCCACAGCUGGCCUGGUAUCCAUAGCUAUCACCUUGAAUCCGGUCGCAGCGGAGAACAUCCCUGGCAUGGUGGCUGCGGUGGCCGACCUGCUGUGUGUGAACAUCCCCGUUAGCUACGAGGUGAGCCGCGGCCCCGAGCGUAGCUCCCUGGCCCUGCUGGCUGGAGUCCAGGUACCUCAGAUCCAGGGCAUGGACCCCCACCACGCGGCCAUGUUCCCCCAGCACCAGCAGCCCUCCACCAUGAGGUUCCUGAGACCCCCCGGACCGCCCAACCAUCAGCCACCUACCAGCGCUGGUACGGCUGCCAGGGGAGACGGGCCUAAACCCCUGUGGUGCUGCCACUGCAAGGUGCUGGUUCUGGGAAAUGGAGUCCGCAUGUCCACCAAAGACCUACCCUGCAGCAAACGGGAGAGACCGGACCGGGCGGGGGGCAGCAUGGUCUUCUGCAGCCAUAACUGUUUCGUCCUCCACGCCACUGCCACACAGUCCAAAGCCACGGACAGUAAGCCAAACAUGUCUCCUCUCUUGCCUGAGUCGUCGGUCAAAGAGAGCCCAUCCAAGGUGCUCCACCAAUAUAGUAACAACAUGUCCACACUGGACGUCCACUGCCUGGCCCAGCUGCAGCCCAACCAGUCGCCCUCCUCCAGCACCCAUCUCAUCUCCUUCCCCGCGGAGAAACCCAAGCCGGACACCCUCAAGGUGACGGUCAAGCUCAAGCCAAGGCCCAGGGCGGUCCACUCAGCUAGCGGGGGAUGUGAUGACAUGUCGCCGCCGCGCCACCACAAGCGCUGGAAGGGCCUGCGUUGGCGCAAAUGGAGCGUGCACAUUGUUGUUCCCACUAGGGGCACCCUACUGUCCUCUCUGCCCGGUGAGGAAGAGGUGGACGAGUUGCUGAGGAAGCUGGGUGCCUCUCUGCGUCCCGAUCCCCUUCCCCGUGACCUUCGGCGUUGCUGCUUCUGCCACGAGGAGGGUGACGGCAUGACGGACGGGCCCGCCCGGCUCCUCAACCUGGACCUAGACUUGUGGGUGCACCUCAACUGCGCACUGUGGUCAUCGGAGGUGUACGAGACGCAGGCGGGCGCCCUGAUCAACGUGGAGCUGGCGCUGCAUCGGGGCAUGGCGGUGCGCUGCGCCUACUGCCAGCAGACGGGCGCCACCAGCCGCUGCCACCGGUUGCGAUGCGCCAACGCCUACCACUUCACAUGCGCCCUCAAGGCCCAGUGCACCUUCUUCAAGGACAAGACCAUGCUGUGCCACCUGCACCGGCCCCGGGGCAUUGGCGGCGGCGAUGGGAGAGGAGGUGACAGGGCCGUGGCGCCCGCCGCUACCCACCACGACCACGAGCUGCGCUGCUUCGCAGUGUUCCGCCGUGUCUAUGUGCAGCGCGAUGAGGCGCGGCAGAUGGCCAGCAUCAUGCAGCAUGGCGAGCGCCGGCACACGUUCCGCGUGGGCAGCCUGGUGUUCCACACUGUGGGUCAGCUGCUGCCCCAGCAGAUGGCCGCCUUCCACUCGGCCAACGCCAUCUUCCCCGUAGGCUACCGGGCCAGCCGCAUCUACUGGAGCACGCGCCACGGCAACCGCCGCUGCCGCUACCUGUGCUCGGUGGAGGAGAACGAGGGCCGGCCAGAGUUUGUGGUGCGGGUGAUGGAACAGGGCUACGACGACCUGGUGCUCACCGGCGCCUCACCCAAAGGUGUCUGGGACAAGAUUCUGGAGCCUGUGGCUGAGCGGCGUAACGAGUCUGGAACUCUGAAACUUUUCCCCGUCUACCUCAAGGGAGAGGACCUGUUUGGAUUCACCGUCACUGCCGUCACCAGGAUCGUGGAAUCGCUCCCUGGAGUGGAGGCCUGUGAAAGUUACACUUUCCGUUUUGGACGCAACCCUCUAAUGGACCUUCCCUUGGCCAUCAACCCAACUGGCAGUGCCCGCUCGGAACCCAAGACCUGCACCCAUGUCAAGAGGUUGGUGUUAAGAUCUCACACUUUGUCCAGCACCGGUGGCUCCUCUAAAUCCAUGCAGACGGUUGGCAACGUGGGUGUGGCGGAAGCACCAGAAGAGGUGACCCCCAAGCAGUUUGCAUCCGUCCCCUUCCAGUACCGACGCAUGAAGGCAGAGUGGAAGAGCAACGUCUACCUGGCGCGCUCCCGCAUUCAGGGGUUGGGUCUGUACGCCGCCAGGGACAUUGACUCCCACACCAUGGUGAUUGAGUACAUCGGCACCCUCAUUCGCAACGAGGUCGCCAACCGGAUGGAGAAGAUGUACGAAUCCCAGAACCGUGGAGUCUACAUGUUCCGCCUGGACAGUGAGCAUGUCGUCGAUGCCACCAUAACCGGCGGACCAGCAAGAUAUAUCAACCACUCCUGCGCCCCCAACUGCAUCGCAGAGGCCGUGAGCUUGGAGAGAGGUGAUAAGAUCGUCAUCAGCUCCUGCCGUAAUAUCCAGAGAGGAGAGGAGCUGUGUUACGACUACAAAUUUGACCUGGAGGACGACCAGCAUAAGAUCCCUUGUCACUGUGGUGCGGUUAACUGCCGGAAAUGGAUGAACUAGAACAGAGACAGAGUUGCGGCAAAAGCGGGCAACGACACACACAUGCAUUCCUUUUUGUCUUAUAGGCUUGUUGGUUCAUACGCUGGAAAACAUUACUUUAAAAAAAGACAACUUAGAGGGAAUUGAAUGACCGCAGAACUGUUAGAGAAGACUAAAGAGGGAAGAGGCAGAAAUACUUUUUAUAAGGCUGUGAGCAGAGUCUUUCUCUCAGCAAAAUAGAAUGGAGAUGGAUUUUUGUUAAUAUAAAAAGUGUGAGAGGGUAGUGGGUAAAUGGGUUGAGUUUUGUGCUGGCCACCGCCUUAUUUAGUUAUCGAGAGGCAGGUCCUCCGGAUUAAGAAAUAUAUAGUUACAGAAAUGUAGACGCCACUGAACAAGGAAUGUACAGAGAGGACUUCCUUAGGGACAAAGCUAAGGGAAUAUUAACUUGCACUAAAACAACAAAAUUAGUUGAAUACUUGAUUCCAUGAGUCAGUUUGUUUUUGAUUUAUGUAAAAUAAAUAUUUUUUUGUAUUUAUCAAAUGAAGUUAUUUUUUUAAAAUGAGGAGCAAGUCACCGGCAAACUGCUGCCCAGGUUAUCCGUCUAAUCAGAACGUGUUACUAUAUACAAAGUGUAAAUAUUUGUAAAAAAUAAAAAUAAUAAAAAGGUUAAUCACCCAAAUGCUACCUUUAACUUCAUGGCUGUUUGGGUGAUUCUUUCGUUUUUUUUUUUUUUUCAACAAAAAAGUAUUUAAGAAGGAUAUCAUUGAGUUUCUCCUGUAUAAAAUUGUGUAAAAAAGUCCAGAGUAUUUUGGUUGUAUUUUGAAUGAAUACGUUUUCAGUUUCUUUAAUUUUCCGUUUACGUCAAUUUCUGUUUGCAUUGACACGCGCAAUCAAAGAAUUGCAGCGCGCCAAUCACAUUGAGACUAAUGUGACAUCCUAACCUUAGUUAAAUCAGAUAUUAACGUAGAAUUAGAGAACUGUGAUUUUAGGUUGGAAAUCACCCACACCAUUGGUUAGCUUCUUUAACUGUAUCAUACGCACAGUAGUCUCAGAUUUACCUCAUGCAGUUAAUUAACAUACGGACACGUGUUAAAUAUAUAAUGCCUUUCACUUACCAGUUGAAGGAGAUUCCAUUAUGCUUUUGACAUAACAUUUGUGUUUUGUUUACAUUUCUUUUGAGGAAAACAUGCUGGCUAGUUGAGAAAAAUAUGGUAUGAUUGACUCAAUCACAAUCUGAAUCUGGUCCUAGCAUUUUGCUGACCAGUUUGAAAUGAAGUUUUCAUUUGUGUGCACAAAAGUCGGCAUAUUCAGUGUCAUUGUAAUAAACAGUACAUGGCAUAUGUUUUAAACUUUCAGAAGAAUCAAUUGUACAUAAUUUUCCUUAAAUGGUUGUAAUGAAAUUUGUUUCUUGGAUUUUCUCCUCGUACAAUAUUCAGACAUUUUAACAGUGUUUAUUUUCUUCGUCCUGUAUAGUAGCAUCUAAUGUUUUUAAAAAAUGAAGCCUUUUUAAAGUAUACAGAGUGAUGGGUUUUGGAGUUUGUGGAAUCAGAUUUAGGAUCAUUUACAACAAAUAAAAUAUUUUACAUCUGAAAUUUGCCAUUUCCUUUAUCUCAAUUCUGUGGGAGGAAAUGGACCAAACUUUGUCAGCCAAGUAAGAAUUUGAAUCAAUCAAUUGCAAAUUAGUCAAGGGAUGUUCAUACUUCAAUUAAACAUUUAUUUGGUUGCCUCAUUUGCAAGAGAAUUACUAAACUGCACAGUAUACAUAAGAAAUGACAUUUGGUUAAGAAAGAAAAAAAAAAAACUUUCCAAACUUGUUCAACCAUCAUAGCUCACUA